CGCCUGAAAGGCGUUCAGUGCCGCACCGAAGAAACGCGCGCUCCUCCAUCUCGUUGAAACAGCCACUGCGUUACGAUCAUUUUUUUUUUUCAAUCCCCGUCGAAACGGAGACAACGCGCGAGACCGCGCGGAUGCAGGGAUGGCCGUGAAAGAAAUGUAAUCGAACCGCGGGUCGUGUCAGCACAGCUGCCGUCAUUCAGCCGGUAAUUUUAUACACGGUGCAGCGCGGGACUAAGAUGUGCAAGCCAGCCAGGAAGAAACGCUCUUAACGCCGAAUCUGACGAGAUCGCGCAUUAAUCGACACGGAUAUAUCGGCGCGGGAAAGAUGACGAAGAGGUUCGAGUUCAAUUGGCAACCUGAGGUGCCGUUGCCGCUACGUCAGGGAUCCGUGUUCGACCGUUGGUCCGAGGAGAAGGACAACACGGACCUCGAGGUGAAUUGUACGUUCAAGGCCGACGAAUACGGUUUCUUCAUCUACUGGCAGAGCGAAGGAAGGGACGGAGACGUGAUAGAGCUGUGUCAAGUGAGCGACAUACGCGCCGGUGGAUUACCGAAGGACCCGAAGCUGUUCGAGAAGCUCUUGUCGAAACACGGGAUCCAAUUAGAGGAGAAAAGUUUAACCAUCUGCUCCGGCGUGGAUUACACCAAUAUUAAUUACCAGCACGUCAUCUGCCCGGACCCAGCGACGGCUAAGAUAUGGCUGGACGGAAUACGAUCGAUUACGCACAACGUGAAAGCCAACAACGUUUGCCCUCUCACCUGCUUGAAGAAACAUUGGAUGAGGCUUCGAAUGCUGGUCGAUCCGAAUGGAAAAGUUCCAGUGAAAGUGGUCGCGAGGACUUUCGCCUCCGGAAAAACGGAAAAGCUUGUGUAUCAGUGUCUCGCCGAGUUAGGCCUACCCAGCGAAAAGAACGACGUGAUCGAGCCGGACGACUUCACGUUCGAGGCGUUCUACGCGCUGUACCACAAGAUCUGCCCGCGGAACGACAUAGAGGAAUUGUUCCAAUCGAUCACCCAAGGCAAAGCGGACACGAUUAAUUUGGAGCAGUUGGUUACAUUCUUGAACGAGAAGCAACGCGACCCGACUCUGAACGAGAUCUUGUACCCGCUUUACGACGACAAGAGAGCGUUCGAGAUCAUAAACGAUUACGAGCAGAAUGAGACGGCGCGGAAUCAAAAAACGAUGACCAAGGAUGGUUUUAUAAGGUACCUGAUGUCCGACGAGAACGCGCCGGUCUUCCUCGACCGGCUCGACGUCUACAUGGACAUGGACCAGCCGUUGUCCCAUUACUACAUCAACUCCAGCCACAAUACUUAUUUAAGCGGCAGACAGUUCGGUGGAAAGAGCAGCGUGGAGAUGUACAGACAAGUGCUGCUCGCUGGAUGCAGAUGCGUCGAGUUGGAUUGCUGGGACGGUAAAGGGGAGGACGAGGAGCCGAUAAUCACUCAUGGCAAGGCGAUGUGCACGGACAUUCUUUUUAGAGACGUGAUUUACGCGGUCAGAGACACGGCGUUUGUCACGACCGAGUACCCGGUGAUUCUCAGCUUCGAGAAUCACUGCAGCAAGAAGCAGCAAUACAAAUUGGCCAAAUAUUGCGACGAGAUACUAGGCGACUUGUUGUUAAAAGAACCUCUCAGAGAUUAUCCACUGGAACCAGGUGUGCCUCUACCGCCGCCGAGUCUACUGAAACGGAAAAUUCUCAUCAAGAAUAAACGAUUGAAGCCGGAAGUUGAGAAACACGAAUUGGAGCUGUUUAGGCAAGGUCAGUUCGUGAUCGAGGAUGAAAUUAAGGAGGACGCGAGCGCACCGCCGACUGUGGCUGCGGUCGUGGAACAGCAAUCGGUAAAGGAAGAAGUGUCGGUGGCUGAGUCUGUAGCGUCGACUACUAGCAUCCAGCAGCAAUCGAGCACGACCACAGACACGUUGGAACUGGCUGCGGCUCAGCCGUAUACCGGGAGCACGACAAACGUCCAUCCAUGGUUGUCCUCCAUGGUGAACUAUGCCCAGCCUAUUAAGUUCCCGGGCUUCGAUAUUGCCGAACGUAAGGCGACGCAUUCUCUCGGUAACGCGUUUAAACGAGAGAAAAAAUUGAUGAUCGUGCCCUCUUAUACAGAAAAGAAUAUUCAUCACAAUAUGUCUUCCUUCGCGGAAACCGCUGGCCUGAAUUACCUAAAGACGCAAGCGAUUGAGUUCGUCAAUUAUAACAAGCGUCAAAUGAGCCGGAUUUAUCCGAAAGGCACCCGAGCGGACUCCUCGAAUUAUAUGCCGCAGGUCUUUUGGAACGCCGGAUGCCAGAUGGUGUCGUUGAACUUCCAAACUGCAGACUUGCCGAUGCAACUGAACCAGGGCAAGUUCGAGUACAACGGCUCGUCGGGGUAUCUCCUGAAACCGGACUUCAUGAGGCGAGCAGAUCGGAGCUUCGACCCGUUCGCGGAAAGCCCGGUGGACGGUGUGAUCGCCACUCAGUGCAGCGUUCAGGUGAUCGCGGGUCAAUUUCUGUCUGAUAAGAAGGUGGGAACGUACGUGGAGGUUGAGAUGUACGGUUUGCCUACUGAUACGAUUCGGAAGGAGUUCCGGACGCGAGUAGUUCCCGCGAACGGCCUGAAUCCUGUUUAUAACGAGGAGCCCUUCCUCUUCCGUAAAGUCGUCCUCCCUGAUUUAGCAGCUUUGAGAUUCGCGGUUUACGACGAGUCCAACGGCAAACUGUUGGGUCAAAGGAUCGUACCUUUGGACGGUCUGCAAUCGGGGUACAGGCAUAUAUCUUUGCGUACGGAGGCGAACUUCCCUAUGUCCUUGCCUAUGCUGUUUUGCAACAUCGAGAUCAAGAUUUACGUACCGGAUGGUUACGAAGGACUAAUGGAUGCGCUGACGGCGCCACGGGCCUACAAGAAACCAGAGAACACGUCGCAGAAUAAAAUGCGUGGACUCGGGAUAGAAGAGAGCGACAGCAAGAGACACCCAGACUCUGCGCCCGCUCAUCGCGAAGCGCCUAAACCACGCGAGGAAAUGAAAUUCAACCCUAUAACGGCGGAAUCGUUGCGACAAGAGAAGGGCUACCAGAAAGUGCUCAGGAAGCAACAGAAGGAAUUGGAAAAUCUGAAGAAGAGGCAGCAGAAGGAGAAACUUGCCGUCCAGAAACAGCACUGCACUGCGAUAGAGAAAAUCAUCAAGGGAAAAAACAAAACUGAACUGUCGAGGGAUCCUAUCGUACGCCGUGAAGUUUCCGAGCAGACUGUCCAAUGGUCUCGUCUGGCCGAUAAACAACGACGAGAGGAACGCGACCUGGUGCGUUCCCAUCUGGACGAGAGGAGGAACACGUUGAGGAAAUUAUGCGUGGCCGCGCAGGUCGCUCAGCAGAAGCAGCUGGCGGCUCGGCACGAGCGGGAGAUCAAAGAGAUGAACGCGAGACAGGCGAGGUUGUCGGUGGAGAGCAUGAGGGAGGUGAUGAAUGAUAAGACGCUGAAGACUCGAGGAAUUAAGGAGGGUAGGCUGAGGGAGAAACAGCAGAACAAUACGAAGAAGUUUAUGGAAGAGAGGAGGAUCGCGCAGAUGAUUCAGAACAGGGAAAAGGAGAAGCUGAAGGUGAUCCACGAGAAGCAGCUGGAGGAAUUGCAAAAAGACAUGAACGCGAUUGUAGAUAUAUUCAACAACGAGGAGAUCGAGUACGAGUUGGGCCCUAAGACCGAAUGCUACGUGUGAUCGCCGUUACGAGUAGCCGGGAAGCUAAGGUGCUGCAUUCAGAGUAAUCCGCUCCUAUCGUUAAUACACAACUGGAAUUGGGAUCAAGCAUCGUUCUCAGCUGCCCUGAGAAACGGAAGCAACAAACAAGCCGCGAUUAAACGUAUUCUAAUUCACUCUCCUGAAUAUUUUUUUAUAUAAAACGAAACAUCUUGUAACUCCGUAUAAACUGUGUCCGUCGUUGCACGAGCAAGUACCUAGACUAAACGAGGGAGUCAAUAAAAAAAAAAACUAAAGUGAUCUAGUCAAGUUCUUACAUCAAUAAGUACAUAUUAUAUAUUUAUUAUACGUGCAUAUAUAUACAUACAUACAUAAAUAUAUAUAUAUAUACGAAAAUAUAAAUGAGAAGCGGAUCUCUGCGCCGCGGGAUUCGACGGUUUCAAUAUUUUUCGAUUGUUAAACGCUAUUACCGAAUUCUAUCGCGUGCGUGGGAAAUGUGAUCGGAUGCGUGUGUCUGUUUCAUCGCCUAAUGCCUAGAGGAAUUGUGUGAUGGGCACAUUUCGCUGUAUAUUCUAUACUCCGACUACUACUACUACUACUACAACUACUUAUGCUUUUUAUGGACGGUGUACCGGCGACGACGGCGCCGUUGGCCGCAGUUAGAUUUAUUAUAGCGCCUCUUCACGAUCGAGCAGGUACUCGUUUCGAGGAUACGUUCGCAUUUCCUUUGUUUUUUAUUCACCUUGAAAGAGUACUCCUCGUACGAAUGGUCCAAAGUCGUGACGCCGCGAGCCAAAACGUUGUACAUAAAAGAGAAAUGAAUUACCGGACGAAUGGAGAGCCUAGCAUUAAUUGUCACGUCGUUGUUUUCAAUCUAAUGAUGUUAUUUACAAAAAAAAAUUAUUAUAUUAACCUAUAUAUUAUACAUAUAUAUAUAUACAUAUACACAUAUAUAUGUAUAUAUAUAUUGGAUAUAAAGGAGUAAGGAGAAAUAAAGAUUGCUAGCUCGAUCUGUUAAACGUA